CUGGGAUCAACCUGGUCUCUGAAACUUCUACAGUCAAUCAAAUUGUUAUAUCAAAAUGGCCUCGACAAUCAUUCGGUUUGAGAACCCUGAAGUAUUUAUUGAUAAGCAAGAGGAACUCUUUGAGAUCCUCGAAGAAGCCGGUUUCAAACAAGGGUCUUAUCGAAUACCCCCAAGUUUUUUGCCGAUCAUAUCGCUUCCUAGUGACCUCGAUGAUGAAUUUCUUGGCAGAUUGAACAACUUGGACGGGGUGAAUGCUGAGGUCCAGACAGAGGCUUAGAUUUAGUCAUUCCGUACCAAGUGGAGACGCCCGCUCUAUCAUCUUAUCACGUCCGGAUUCAUUCAUUCGUUCAUCCACGUAAACGAGAUGGCAAUACAACCAUUAUGAUAACAGUACUGCCGGAGUUACAAGGUGAGCCAAAUAGGUUAGCAUCGUAC